ACCUUUGUUCUCCCUCGACGACUCUUCAUCUCUUUUCUUCUGGUUGGACAUCGUGUCAAAGCUUUUCCACAGUGUUUUUGUCCCUCGAAUACUACUGGUGCAUGAAUAAUUUCAACAUGGAUGAAGUCCAACCCACUGAUUCGGCCUAUCUCCCCAAAGAGCGCAAGAGAACCAGGGUUCAGCUUUCCUGCACAGCAUGCCGAAACAGAAAACUCAAAUGCUGCCGUACGCACCCCUGCACCAACUGCAUUAAGAGGGGCGAAGGGCAUUUGUGCACGUUUGUUGGCCGCGGCCCUCGAGGGCGGUCAUCUCACGGCCGGGCCAGUCCAACCCUCGUGCAGGAUCGGCUACAACAUCUCGAGAAUCUGAUCAUGUCUUUUGCCCAGCAGAGAAGGCAAGAUGAUAAUCAGGUCCAGGAUUUCUCUGCGGUGCCGGCUUCCGAUCUGGACACAAUAGGACAGCCAGUGCUGCCGUCUCCCCUCUCGUCAAGUAGGGCGGAAGCGACGGAGGCUGAAAGCCAGGAAUCUCCCGCCAGUCAACCCGGUAGAUUAGUUGUGAAUGAAAAGGGAACCAAUUAUAUUGACAGCGCCCAUUGGAAGGCCAUCCUCGAGGAGAUCAAUGAAUUCAAAGAGUCGCUCAAUGAGGUUGACGAAGCGUCGGACGAUGGCCCCGAUGAAGAGGAUGACGCCAGUGAAUUUGCCCCUACGCUUUGGUUUGGGUUGACCAAGCCAACAAGCAAGGAGGAACUGUUUUUGGAUCUGCCCUCUCGGCAGGUAACUGACCGGAUGGUCCAUUACUUCCUGAACUCUGAGGAGCCAGUGGCCAAUAUUCUGCAUGGACCUACUUUCUCACGCGAGUACAACAAAUUCUGGUCGAACCCCCAGGAUGUGUCUCUUCCGUGGCUCGCAAUCCUCUACUCGAUCAUGACGCUGAGCGUUUUGUUUUACCAAAGAAUCGGUGAUCCGAUACCAGAUGUUCCAGGCGAUCCCAAGGACAUUGCUAGCACUUUCAGAAGACGAAGUGUGCAAUGCCUAGUUCAAUCCAACUAUCUGACUCCAGGCCAAUAUAAAGUGGAGGCUAUGUUUCUCUACAGCAUGGGCGAAUUCUACAAAAGCCGGGAUGCGCACACCGAAGUCCCUUACCUUCUAGGACUGACAAUCAAGCUGGCCAUGCGGAUGGGCUAUCACCGGGAUUCUCAACAGUUUCCAGCAAUAUCCGCCUUCGAUGGGGAAAUGAGACGGCGCGUGUGGGCCUUCCUCUGUCAACUGGACGCCCUCUUUGCUUUCGAGGUCGGCGUGCCUCGAACGAUACAAGAUUGGCAAUAUGAUACGGAGCUACCACGUAACCUAGGGGAUUCUGAUUUUGAUCAAGACACUGUCCAGCUUCCUCCAUCGCGACCGAUGACCGAAAUGACUCAUUCGACGUAUACAAUAGCCAAGGCGCGGCUGAUGCUGUGCUUUGGUAAGAUCCUGGAUAUGGCGUUCUCACGCACACCCAUAACCUACGAAGAAACUCUUGAGGUGGAUCGGAGAUUGGAAGAGGCACAUAGCCUCAUACCUCAAAUGUUCAAAAUCCGCCCCAUCAAUCAAAGCCUUGCAGAUCCUCCGAGGUUAAUAUUCCAACGAUUCACUCUCGAGAACGUCUACCAAAAAGCCCGAUGCGUACUACACCGAAAGUACCUAGCAGAGGUACAUGCAAACAGACGAUAUUCAUAUUCUCGAAUGGUAUGCAUUUCUGCCUCGAAGCAGAUUCUUCGCGUGCACGCAGAUCUGUUCAAUGAAACCCAGCAAGGCGGCCUCUUGUACCGGAAUAGACUCUUUCCGAAUUCCAUUCAGUACACCGACUACCUGCUUGCCGCCAUGAUUCUCUGCAUGGAGCUUUCAUACGGCGAAGCUACUGGGUCUCCGGAGGCAGCACGAAACGAUGACCUAGGCGGAGUUAUAGGAGAUCGUGAAGACCUUAUAUCUACCCUCAAGCGCUCUCAUCAAAUCCUCGAGAGUCUGCGCCGAGAAUCAGCUGAUGCACAAAAGGCGCAUGCCGCAUUGGCUGUUAUGCUUCGCAGGGUCCGGGGUGAGACGCACGCCGUAUCGCAGCCGAAGACGACACAGACAAGCUCUAUGGCAAACAUCCCACCUUCCGAGGCCAUCAGCAGUACGUCGCUCCGAGCUACGCACCAUGCACAGGCUAACCAAGAUAUAGCCGGCCCGCCGCCGUAUGACAGUUGGCCGAACUUUGGGGCGUCAAACUUGCCGAACUUUGAUACUUCGCUGUACCAGGCUGAUCCAGCAGCUCCUCUCAUGCCAGUGUCAUUAGCCCCAAUCGAGGCGCCAUAUACAUCUUUGAAUGUUAUUGGAGAAAUGCUAGAGGCCCCAUCUAACAUCAAUUGGCAACUGUGGGAUCAUCAGAUUCAGAAUCGAAACCCCUCAGCGCACAACAACGACUUGUGGUAUCAAUGACAGCUGAAUGACUCUAUACUUGCUGCCCCCGCAGCGAGAGUUCUAUCUUGUCAUGUUCUCCCACCGCAUCUGGUCUGAAUAAUACUGAAGUGGAGGAUGCAUAUAAUGCACGAGAAACUUUCCACUGAAUUAGCGUUUUUCGUUACGUCAACUGGGGAAUUGCAACUCCGCAUAAUCAUUCCUAUAUCUAACAGAGAAUUGCCACCUCGAACAUCUCACGGAGUUCUCAGAGUGUCAGACCAAUGCCAUUGCCUGUCUCUGUCCUAGCCUCGAAUCUUAUCAAACACUAAUAAGUAUCAGUUGGAUUGCAGUGAACCAGCCUUGUCUAUCAACUAAAUCACAUAACGAUUUGAUUCCGUUAGAGCCACAGUAGCUCUGGUCUAUCCAAGGUUCGCGUCUUGAAAUUAUUCGGCUGCUACUGCUGCAAAAAGUAUGUCGUUAGGGUUACUAGUAUAUUUUGUUGCCAACACCAUUGGAGCUACAAU